AUGCAUGAUGAUGACUAUGACAACGAUGAAUACGACAAUGAUGAGUAUGACAAUGGCUAUGACGAUUAUGAAUAUGAUGAUGAAUAUGAUGAUGGUUAUGAUGAUGUUGAUGAUGAUGAUGAUUAUGAUGAUGUUGAUGAUGAUGAUGAUUAUGAUGAUGAUGAAUAUGAUGACGAUUAUGAUUAUGAUGAUGCUGAAUACUAUGAUAAGACUGAGAUAGACCAAGAUGAAGACGUUAAAAUCAAAGAAAACUAUGUAUUUAUGAAAGCAGAAGGUGGAGAUGAUAGAGGAAAAGAAGAGGGUGAUUACAAUGAGGAAGAUGAUGAUGAGGGGAAAUUAUAA